UGGAGCGGCUCGGGGUCAGGGGAGGACGGUGGCCGGAGCCAAACGCGAGGGCGGCGCCCAGGGAUUGGAGCUGCACGGAAGAGGGCUGCUGGACUGAAGUUUAGACCCUGGGUGUCUGCCAUGGCCCCACACUGGGCUGUCUGGCUGCUGGCAGCAGGGCUGUGGGGCCUGGGCAUGGGGGCUGAGAUGUGGUGGAACCUUGUGCCCCGGAAGACAGUAUCUUCUGGGGAGCUGGUCACAGUAGUGAGGCGGUUCUCCCAGACAGGCAUCCAGGACUUCCUGACCCUGACCCUGACAGAACAUUCUGGCCUUUUAUAUGUGGGGGCCCGAGAGGCGCUGUUUGCCUUCAGCGUAGAGGCUCUGGAGCUGCAAGGAGUGAUCUCCUGGGAGGCUCCAGCUGAGAAGAAAAUCGAGUGUACCCAGAAAGGGAAAAGCAACCAGACCGAAUGCUUCAACUUCAUCCGCUUCCUCCAGCCGUACAAUGCGUCCCAUCUGUACGCCUGUGGUACCUAUGCUUUCCAGCCCAAGUGCACCUACAUCAACAUGCUCACGUUUACCUUGGACCGUGCAGAAUUUGAGGACGGGAAGGGCAAAUGCCCAUAUGACCCAGCUAAGGGCCACACCGGACUCCUUGUGGACGGUGAGCUGUAUUCGGCCACACUCAACAACUUCCUGGGCACAGAGCCGGUUAUCCUUCGCUACAUGGGGCCCCACCACUCCAUCAAGACAGAGUACCUGGCUUUUUGGCUGAAUGAACCCCACUUUGUAGGCUCCGCCUUUGUCCCUGAGAGUGUGGGGAGCUUCACAGGAGACGAUGACAAGAUCUACUUCUUCUUCAGUGAGCGGGCAGUGGAGUAUGACUGCUAUUCCGAGCAGGUGGUGGCUCGUGUGGCGCGCGUCUGUAAGGGCGACAUGGGGGGAGCACGGACCCUGCAGAAGAAGUGGACCACGUUCUUGAAGGCUCGGUUGGUGUGUUCAGCCCCGGACUGGAAGGUCUACUUCAACCAGCUGCGGGCGGUGCACACCCUGCUGGGCGCCUCUUGGCACAACACCACCUUCUUCGGGGUUUUUCAAGCGCGAUGGGGUGAUAUGGACCUGUCAGCAGUCUGUGAGUACCAGUUGGAACAGAUCCAGCAGGUGUUUGAGGGUCCCUACAAGGAGUACAGUGAGCAAGCCCAGAAGUGGGCCCGUUAUACUGACCCAGUACCCAGCCCUCGGCCCGGUUCGUGUAUCAACAACUGGCACCGAGACAAUGGCUACACCAGUUCUCUGGAGCUGCCCGACAACACCCUCAACUUCAUCAAGAAGCACCCACUGAUGGAGGACCCAGUGAAGCCUCGCUUGGGCCGCCCCCUGCUUGUGAAGAAGAACACUAACUUCACACACGUGGUGGCCGACAGGGUCCCAGGGCUUGAUGGCGCCACCUAUACAGUGCUGUUCAUUGGUACAGGAGAUGGUUGGCUGCUGAAAGCUGUGAGCCUGGGGCCCUGGAUCCACAUGAUAGAGGAGUUGCAGGUGUUUGACCAGGAGCCAGUGGAAAGUCUGGUGCUGUCUCAGAGCAAGAAGGUGCUCUUCGCUGGUUCCCGCUCUCAACUGGUUCAGCUGUCGCUGGCGGACUGCACAAAGUAUCGCUUCUGUGUAGACUGUGUCCUUGCCAGGGACCCCUACUGUGCCUGGAAUGUCAACACCAGCCGCUGUGUGGCCACCACCAGUGGUCACUCAGGGUCCCUUCUGGUCCAACAUGUGGCGAACUUGGACACUUCAAAGAUGUGUCACCAAUAUGGCAUUAAAAAAGCCAGACUUGUUCCCAAAAACAUCACUGUUGUGUCAGGCACAGACCUGGUCCUACCCUGCCACCUCUCAUCCAAUUUGGCUCAUGCCCACUGGACCUUCAAAGGCCGGGACCUGCCUGCAGAACAACCUGGCUCCUUCCUUUAUGACACGGGACUCCAGGCGCUGGUGGUGAUGGCCGCCCAGUCCCGCCACUCUGGGACCUAUCAUUGCUAUUCAGAGGAGCAGGGGACAAGACUCGCUGCAGAAAGCUACCUAGUUGCUGUUGUGGCCGGCUCGUCGGUGACCCUGGAGGCGCGGGCUCCCUUGGAAAACCUGGGGCUCGUGUGGCUUGCUGUGGUGGCCCUGGGGGCUGUUUGCCUGGUGCUGCUGCUGUUGGUCCUCUCACUCCGCCGGCGGCUUCGAGAAGAGCUAGAGAAGGGUGCCAAGGCAGCUGAGAGGACACUGGUGUACCCCCUGGAACUGCCCAAGGAGCCAGCCAGUCCCCCCUUCCGUCCUGGCCCGGAAACCGAUGAGAAACUUUGGGAUCCUGUCGGGUACUACUAUUCCGAUGGCUCUCUCAAGAUUGUGCCUGGUCACGCCCGGUGCCAGCCUGGGGGUGGGCCCCCUUCCCCACCUUCUGGCAUACCUGGCCAGCCCCUGCCUUCUCCAACUCGGCUCCACCUGGGAGGUGGUCGGAACUCAAAUGCCAAUGGUUAUGUGCGCUUACAGUUGGGUGGAGAGGACCGAGGAGGAUCUGGUCAUCCGCUGCCUGAGCUCGCUGAUGAAUUACGACGGAAACUACAGCAGCGCCAGCCACUGCCCGACUCCAACCCAGAGGAGUCGUCAGUAUGAGGGGACCCCCCCACCUCAUUGGCGGGGGGGUCUCACAGGAGGUGCACUCUUAACUUUUGCACAGGCACCAGCUACCUCAGGGACAUGGCAGGGGCAUUUGCUCUGCCUGGGACAGACACUGCCCAGCAUCUGCCCAGCCAUGAGGACCUGCUCAGCAUGGGCACUGCCACUUGGUGUGGCUCACCAGGGCAUCAGCCUCACAGGAGACACACCCUCCUCUGUGAAUUUCAGACAUGCGGGACCCCAGCAGCCAAAUCUUUACGAGGAAGAGGCUUCAAGAUGUGGGUGUAUUUGUGCAUAUAUGUGUUGGUGUGUAUUUGAUGGUGUGUGUGUGUGUGUGUAUGUGUGUGUGUGUGAGAGAGAGAGAGAGAGAGAGAGAACCUUUCUGUCUCUGUCAAGUCUUCCCUUGGCCUGGGGUCCUCCUGGUUGAGUCUUUGGAGCUAUGAAGGGGAAGGGGGUCACAGCACUUUGCUCCUCCUCCUACCCCCAGCUGUCCCAAGCAUGGGACGGUGAUGUACAUAUGGGGGAUGGGAUGGACAGGGUGUUGUACCCCUUUUGGGGGAGUG